AUGACUGAACAUAUUUUUGAGAAAAUCUCUUUAAAUCUAUCAAAUGUUAUUAAUAAUUGUGUCUACAAGCAAACUCCGUUGAAAGAUGCUCAAAAUGAAAUUAAAGAAACAAUGAAUGUUAUUAUUAAUCAAUACAACCAUUAUAUUAGCAAAGAUAUUAUGGAUGAAAUACUUAUUUUAACGUCAAAAUUAUUAUAUUCACAAAAUAUUGAAUCACUAAUUAUUGAUUUGAAUAAAUUAAAUGGAGUAAUAAGAAGAAUUAUAGAAAGGAUGGUGAAUGUUUGUAAAACAGUAAAUUGGUAUGAACAAGUAAAAUUAAGAGUUGUACAAAAAGAAAUGUUUGCAUCUGAAUUGAUGGUUCCAAAAGAAAUAGAAUAUGACAAAAGAAUUGAAAUAUUUAAAACCUAUAUUCACAAUGAUAUUAAAUGUCACGAUGCCAAUGACAAAAGUGCUGUUAUUACCACCCUUAGGAAACUAAUAAUAAUUUUAUUUCUCCCCAUUCAUACAAAAUCUACUAAAGUAAAUAAAAAUAAUAUAAAAAUUGUAUUUUAUUGUAAUCAUUCAGGAAAGACAAAAGAAACAUGUAAAGGAAGAGAUUGUGAAUAUAAAAUAAUUUUAAGAUUAGGAUUUGAUAAUAAAAAUAAUAUUAUAGAAAUUAAUGAACAUAAACAUCCUUUAGAUUAUUUUUUUGUUGUAUCAAAAACAUGCCCUUUGUUAAAAUCUGAGAAACAUUUAAUUCCAAAAGCAAAUAAUGAAAUAAUAAAAUUUAUUGCAAAUCAUCCUCAUAUUCAAAUUCCUUUUAGAAAAUUUAGACAAAUUCAGAGAGAAGAAGAUAAAAAUCACAUUUUAGAAAAUAUAUUUAUUUCAGAAACAUUUUUUGAAAAUGAGUCAUUUAUUAAAUUAACAAAUACUUUCACUAAUGGUUAUAUUCAUUCCCUAAUGUUCAUUCAUAAGAAUGUGGCUCAAAUGGAAUACAGUCAAAGAAGAUGGUAUGUUGAUGAUACUGCUAAAACAAAUAUAUAUAACAAAAACUUGUAUGCUGUUAUUGUAAAAGAUGAUAAUUCUUUUAACCAACUUCUUUCUUUUGGUUAUUUAUUUGAUCAAUCUGAAUGUUCAUAUAAAUUAUUUCUUCAUCAACUUCACAAUAUUUUAAAUUAUGGGCCAGAAAUCAUCGUGUGUGAUCGUUCUAUUGCUCAAUAUAAUGCUUUAAAACAUGUAUUUCCACAUUCCAAACUAUUCUUCUGCAGAAUUCAUAUAGAAAGGUCAUUGACAAAAUAUUUCAAGAAUGAUCAUAUAAUAAUGAAAUUAUUUCAUUUAACAAUGAACAUGAAGUUGAAUGAAGAUGAUUUAAUUGAAACAUGGAAGAGUAUUGUAAUGAAAAAUAUUAAAAACUUAGAAGAAGACAGUGAUGAUGAAAGUACGUACCAUGAUGAUAACGAAAGUAGUGACGAGGAAAAUGAUGAGCACUUGUUCGAACCAGAUACAGGUGAUAUUAUAAAUUCAGCAGAUGAACCUGACACAUCACACGACAACAUUCAACAAAUGAUGGAAGAAGCAAAAGGAAUACAUAUCAAUAAAGGACUGAUGUGUAUAAUUGAUUUAAUCGAACACAAAGAAAACUGGAUUCCUUCUGAAUGUAUCAAAUAUGGGAUGUAUCGAGAUUUUACAACAAAUAGAGUAGAAGGAUUCUUUGGGCACUUGAAAAAAAUAAUUAAUCAUAGCCAGGUUCCUUUAUAUUUAUUAACAGACAAUAUUUAUGCACUUGCAAAUACAAUGUUUAAUAAUAUAAUUGGGAUUGAUCUUCCUGAUGAAAUUAUAGAUAAAAAUGUUCCUCAUUUUAAUUUAUUGACUGAAUUUUCAAAGAAAGUCUUAAAAUCUCAAUACAACGUAUUAAAUAAUAAUGUAAUAUGUGAUGACACUCAUUAUUGUAUUAGUUGUCAAAUAAGAAAUGUUAAUCCUAAAGUAGCAUGGCCUUGUUAUCAUUUGAUGAAAGAAAGAAAAACUAUGUCAUUAAAAUAUCUUAUUAAUUAUGAUGACCUUCCAUCAUUUGCUUUUAAAUCAAAAGAAAUUAAAGUAAAUUGGACUGAUAAAUCAAUUUCUAAUAUUGAUUUACCAAAUAAUUAUACUUUGAUAGCAAAUGUAAUUGUAAAUAAAAUAAAACAUAAUACAAAUGUACAUCCAAGGAAUAAAGUUGAUAUUAGGAAAAGAACUUCAAAAGAAGUAUUUUUUAAUGAAAUUGCUCCAUUUCAAUUGAAGAAAAAGAAUGUCAUCAAUUCAUUCACAAAAUUCUAA